AUGGUAUUCCCAGAGUCGAGAGAACUAGAGAUGAUGACUAGUCUUUCUCCUUCUAGGGUUACUGGUGAUGCUUUUGGAACAGUAGAUGGCAAAACAGUCCUUCAACUCAAGGGAUUGAGGCUCUCUCCCGUGGAAGGAAAUGCACCUGCAGAUGCCGAUCCUCACGCAGCUGUUGAACUCGAGUGGAAGCCCGAUAUUGAUUUCUUGGAAGAAAAGAACUUGAUGAAAGUGUUCAAGAGUCGAACGCCAACUGGUGGCAAUUACAAAGCUGAUGAGCAGCGCUUCGGAAAGUUUAUGUUGCGGGUCGAGGAGCAAAAGCUGCGUAUUCUUAGUGGUAAGUACCCACUGGUUCCAGACGUUGGUGAACUCGCGAACCUGGACCAGAGUGUUCGAAUGGAGCGCAUCGAUACUCUGUAG